AUGCGAAAAUUUUUGGAGGAAGACGCCAGCUCCUCUCUCCUUGCUGUGGUGAACCAAUGCAAGCAGGUAGAGCAAAGAGUGGUCGAUGAGACUAAUUAAGGCAGCUGCACACCUGAAAGCGUCACAACCAGAAAGUGAUAAUCUUCUAGAAAGGCAGACCAUGUAAAAAGAUUGUAAGUUUCUAGAAAGGCAGACCAUGUAAGUAGUUCUUGGCGCAAAUACAGAUCAAGAUCAUCACCUCCUUCGCUAUAUCGCUUUUUGAACACCAGCUCUUGCUCUAAUCCUAUGCAGCCAUUUCGAAUGCAAAGGAAGCGCGUGCGCAAAUACAGGCAGACUCAAAUGCAGGUGGGCUCAUGGCGAGUGACAAUUCUUUCACAAAAGGCGGAAACAAAGGGAGGAAAUACCAGCUCCGUGAUGCGAUUAAUGUUAGGGCUAGUAAGUUGUCCAAGCUAAGAAUGUAUGACAUCUAUUUGCUGAUGAUGAUGACUUUUUUACUUCGUGAUUGAUUUCCUUUUGUCAGCCUUUCGUAGUUCUUAGGGUACCACUGGAACUAGGUGGAGCGUCAGCCCCCUCAACCUCCACUGCAGAUAGUGGAGAAAGAGAGUAUUCAACUCAUAUAGUGAGAGUAUGUAAGCUACGGCAAGCUCUUCACCUUCAUCUGCAGAGAGUAGUAGGUGUAGGCUAUAGUUUCAUCCACCUGGGAGCUAUUAAUUUACAAACAAACACAAGUGACACUUGUGUUUGUUUAUAAUUAAUACUAGUCGUUCUAUUCCUAAGUAGGUGACUAAAUGAAGAGAGCGCGAUGUCACGAUCAUGAGCGAUCAUGCUUUUCUAGUAAGUAGAAGUACAGUGAGACAAAAGUCCUCCUCAAAGUCUUCAAACUAGAAGUAGAAGCACCUCCUGCUCUAACAAACCCGAGUGUGCAAAUAAAGCCAAAGAAGUCAAGACAAAAGCUGAAGAGAAAAAAACACAGCUCGCAGCUCUUGGGACAAGACUAGACGACUUGGCCCACAGUAAACAAGCGCUGGAAGUAGACAAAAACUUAUUAGACGAGAACUUCUAACGAAACAAUUUGAUUACUCAACUGGCUAGUAAUCGAGUUUGCUAUUUUAAAUUCGAUUCUCUAGUGCGAUUUCUUUAUCGAGAAAAAACGACCUCGUCUCCUCAUAGCACCUUAUUUGAGACUGUGUCUCUACUGUCUUCUCCUUCUGUGAUUAUGCAUAUUAUCAUGUUGUAC